AUGAGCGAUAUCAACAAUGCCGCCGGAGUCAAAACACCUAUCUUUCAGGUCCAUCGGAUCAUGCUUUCGCCCUUUCUCCACCGAUUAACGGGCGCGAUCAUUCCUACAUUCCCUACUACACCUGCAGAGAUUGGGCGGAUGGCGGAGCAUGAUUCGGAUGCCAUCUUACAACAACUGGGUCUACAAGAUGCUCUGGCUGCUCCAAGUCUGGCGAUGAAGAAGAGACAGUUCAGAGUGCACAUUGGCUUGAGAUCGCAAGUUGAGAAGAGUGCAUAG